GAAAGAGAAACCGUAGUGUGUGUUUGUGUCUCUGCAUUCAAUAAGUAAAAUGGCAGAAGCCAGAGUUUUUCAGGAUGAGUUCUUAUGUUCAGUGUGUCAGGAUCUCCUGAAGGAUCCAGUGACCGUCCAGUGUGGACACAGCUACUGUAAGAGCUGUAUUACAGGCUGCUGGAAUCAGAAGGAACAGGUGAGAGUCUACAGCUGCCCUCAGUGCAGACAGAUCUUCAGUCCAAGACAUGCUUCAGCUACAAACACCAUGCUGGCUUUAGUGGUGGAGAAACUGAAGAAGACCAAACUUACUGACUGUGACGCUGGAGCUGGAGAUGUGCACUGUGACGUCUGUACUGGAAGAAAAUCCAAAGCCGUGAAGUCCUGUCUGGUGUGUCUGAACUCUUACUGUCAGCAUCACCUUGAGGAACAUGAAAGUUGGUUUAAAGGAAAGAGACACAAUUUGACUGAUGCCACUGGUCCACUGCAGGAAAUUAUCUGCCAGAAACAUGAGAAGCUCUUCGAGGUUUUCUGUCGCACGGAUCAAAAAUGUAUAUGUGUGCUAUGUACGAUGGAUGAACAUAAACACCAUGACACUGUGUCAGCUGCAGCACAGAGGACAGAGAAACAGAAGCAGCUUAAAGAGUUACAGAAGACAUUCCAGCAGAGAAUCCAGCAGAAAGAGAAAGAUCUUCAGCAGCUGAGAGAGGCUGUGGAGUCUAAUAAGCUCUCUGAACAGACAGCAGGGGAGGACAGUGAGAGGAUCUUUACUGAGCUCAUCCGCUCAGUCAUUGAGAAAAACCUCUUUGAACUGAUACGUCUGAUCAGAGAUAAGGAAAAGGCUGCAGUGAGUCGAGCUAAAAAACAACGGGAGCGACUGGAGCAGGAGAUCAAUGAUCUGAGGAGGGGAGACACUGAGCUGGAGCUGAUUUCACACACACAGGAUCACAUCCAGUUCCUGCAGAGUUUCCAGUCUCUCUCAGCAGCUCCUGAAUUUACAGACGUAAAUGACAAUCCCUUCAUUUCUCUCCUCUCUUCUGAUGACCCAAGAGAAACUGUAGAUCAGCUGAGAGACAAACUGGAGAGUUUCUGCAAAGAGGAGCUCAAAAAAAUCUCAGACAGAGUCAGAUUCACCAACACUGUUCCCAGAACCAGGAAUGACUUCCUACAAUAUUCCAAUCAGCUCACCCUGGAUGUGAACACAGUGAAUAAUUGGCUCCUUCUGUCUGAGAACAACAGAAUGAUUACUAACACUGACACAGAGCAGUUGUAUCCUGAUCAUCAAGACAGAUUUGAUGUGUAUCCUCAGGUGUUGUGUAGAGAGAGUGUGUGUGGACGCUGUUACUGGGAGCUGGUGUGGAGUAAAUGUGUGUGUAUAUCAGUGUCAUAUAAGAGCAUCAGCAGGAAGGGACGGGGUAAUGAUCGUGUAUUUGGAUUUAAUGAUGAGUCCUGGAGUUUGUUCUGCUCUCCCUCCAGAUACUCAUUCAGACACAACAACAUAUGGACUGAUCUCCCUGUGAAGUCCAUCAGCAGUAGAACAGGAGUGUAUGUAGAUUACAGUGCAGGAACUCUGUCCUUCUACAAUGUCUCUGACACAAUGAGCCUCAUCCACACAGUCCAGACUACAUUCACUCAGCCGCUCUACGCUGGGUUUACUGUUUUUUCUGGAUCAAAAGCAAAACUAAUUUGAUUAAAGAAAAUCCAGUCUUUUUCAUUCUGAUUAUUGAUAUUACUUUACAGUAAGCUUUCAUUUGUUAACAUUCAUUCACUACAUCAGUUAACAUGAACUAACAAUGAAAUGAAUAAUUGCAAAUUAAACAUUGUAACUGUGCAGCUUUGUAAAAGUAGCUUUGUUUUAGUUCUGUUGGUAUUAAAUAUUUAUUGUAAAAUG